UCGACUUCUCUCUCUUUUCUGUCACAUGACAUCUCUCUAUUUGGUAGAUGGGUGGGGUUGAAAGCAAGCUACUGGGAAGCAUAUAUUAUUCGAGAGGGCCGGAUAGGAUUCAGAGCCAUCGGUGAUUUAUCCAUCUCUUCCGUAAAUGCAAAUGAAGGGGAUAGCUUUUCAUCAAUGGUCAGCCUGUGGAACCAAACGGGCCUGCUCAUAUCAUAUUCCAGUCGGUUACGGCAACGGAUAUGUCGUUGUCGGUGAUGGUUUGUGACUUUGUGUAGCGGAGGUCCCAAGGUGGCCAGGAAGUUGAUGGGUUCAGUUUCUUCCGAUGUGCUUUAGUCAUAUUAUUUCAUUUUACUUUGCUUGGUGAUUUUAGGAAAGAGAUCUGAAUGUUGUCUCAUGUGUGACUGACGAUGUGGUUAGU